UUAAACUUUUGUAUUACAAUAAUAACUCUCUGCGGACAAAGUAUAGCAAUAGCUUUCAAUUAUUUAUCAACUCCAUUAGAAUAAUGAUCAUUGUCAACUUCUUCAUUGAAAUAUUGAAUCCAUCACCCACUACUUAGCCUGUUUUAUCCCAACUCUCUACAAACAGAGAGAGAAACCAGAGAGAGAGAGAGAGAGAGAGAUGAAGACAACCCAAUUCAUAGUUUUCAUCCUCAUCAUCACCACCAUCUUUGGCUUAUCAGCCAAAGUGAAUUCAGAGACAGAUUCUUGCAGCUCAAGUCUCAAUCUGCAGAAUGCCAAUUUGCCCUUUGAUGCAGCUUCCCUCCACUGCCUUUCUGUUUGGGAUGCUCACAAUUACAUCCUCAGAUACUCACAGACCUCAUCAAACAUAUGGACCUUUGUCCUCUCAACACCAGCUGUAAACUCAUUCAUAGCAAUUGGGUUCUCAAGCAAUGGACAGAUGGUGGGGUCCAGUGCAAUUGUGGGGUGGGUGUCCUCAACAGAACGCACGAUCAAACAAUAUUUCUUGGGUGGGACUUCAGCAAACCUUGUGGAGCCUGACAAAGGGAACCUUCAGGUUGCUAGCAACUUCUCUUUAAUUACAUCUCAGUCCUCUCGUCUGUACCUUGGCUUCCAGUUGGAGACCAGCCAGCCACAGACAAGGCUCCUAUACUCUGUUGGGCCAGAUGGGUUUCUGCCUGUGGCACCAAACUACAGGUUGAUCGAGCACAGUGACAAGUUCUCUACCUCCAUAAAUUAUAUCACAGGUCAAAGCACAUCGAGCUCACAAAGUCCAUAUUCAAAACUGAGGAAGAGCCAUGGAGUGCUGAACAUGCUAGGAUGGGGCAUUUUGCUGAUAAUUGGAGUAAUAGUUGCCCGUUACUUAAAGCCAUAUGAUCCACUUUGGUUUUAUCUUCAUACUUGCAUUCAAUCAUUUGGGUUUAUAUUGGGAAUAAUAGGUGUUGUAUGUGGAUUUGUCUUGAACAAUAAGCUCAAUGCUGAUGUCUCCACCCACAAAGCUCUUGGUAUCAUCAUUCUUGUGCUUGGAUGUCUUCAGGUGAUGGCCCUUUUGGUUAGACCAGAGAAGGAGUCCAAAGCACGAAAAUACUGGAAUUGGUACCAUCAAGGCGUAGGAAGGAUUCUCAUCAUUUUUGCAAUAGCAAAUGUUUUCUAUGGAAUUCAUUUAGGAGAAAAAGGAAAGGCAUGGAAUGCUGGCUAUGGAGCUGUUCUUGCUAUUUUAGUUGUUACUGCUGUUAUUUUUGAGUUAAGAUUGUGGUUUAAAAAAUAAUGAGUGUUUGUGGGGUACUCUUAUUUAAUUAUUAAUUAGCAUCGCUAAUUGAAAACUU